UACGAUUUUAAUGUCAGUGAAAUAUUUUCUUAAAUAUUAUCUACACUAUAUCGAUUUAAAAUGCAAACGAAUAAAGUCUCGCAAUCUUUUAGCAACUUGCUACCUCUGGUGGGCACAGGUGUGGCAGUGGGCGUGGCCACUUGCGGCCUUGCCGCCCAGAUUUUCAGAGCGCCCAGCAGCAGCAACAAGAUGCGAUCUAGUUUUGGAAAUUUAGGAAACCUGCGAUUUUACAGCGGCGGUUUUCAGGAACGCUUGACGCCCCGUGAAGCAUCGCAAAUACUGGGCAGUAGACUUAAUGCCCCAAGGAUCCAAAAGCGAAUCAUGCUGGCUAAUCAGCUGGAUCGAGCAGCAGGAUGUUGCAGCAAAGAAAUCCGUUUAGAUAGAAGAUGAAAGACUAAGCGCCAGUCGACUCAAAUUUAAGUGCAAUCAAAUUAAAUGUAAAAUAUUCGCCAAGCCUUGAUGAGAUGGCAAGAUAUUAAAUUAUUUAGCAAGCAGUAUUAUUUGCAGCAUCGUA